GGCCUAGCUCCGUUAUACAACACUGGCAGGCGUCCGAUAGAGUGGUGAGCGAGCGCCAAGAGCUACAAUCAAAUGAUAUUUGGGCAUGUAUCUCCGUACAUUACCUCCGUACAUCUUAACAACCCUAUCUAUGUAAGCUAAGCGUACACUGAUUGCUUCGAGGUCGCGUUUCCAAAACACACAGAGUCUCAUAUCAAGCCGAAGCAAUUGAGCCAUACGACAAACACACAUGUUUCUAUCAACAUCUCCACCUCCCUUGCCAGAGGACGGCAAGCUCGAAGCGAUCGGAGAGACAAUACAUCAGGUCGAGCCUGAAAAGGAAAAGCAGACCGUCGAGUCUAACGAACCGUCCACUGUGGCAUCCUCGACUGUCAAUGGCGUAGAGAAACCAGAAUUCCCCGAAGACGAUGGUCCUGCUACUAAAGAAAAAGCCGUGGAUGAGCCGCAAGAACCUGUUGGAUACCCGAGUGGUGUCGAAGCCUUGUUCGUCAUGCUUGCGCUCGUGCUAAGUAUCACCCUCAUUUCUCUGGACCAGACCAUUGUCGUAACCGCUAUUCCAAAGAUUACCGACCGAUUCGACAGCCUUGACGAUAUCUCGUGGUACGGUUCGGCUUAUUUCAUGACGCUCGGAGCGUUCCAGUCACUGUGGGGCAAAGUGUAUAAAUACUUUCCCCUCAAAACCAGUUUCCUGGUGGCAAUCUUCAUCUUUGAACUUGGGAGUUUGAUCUGCGCUGUCGCCCAAAACUCAACGACUCUGAUUGUUGGACGUGCUAUCGCCGGUCUCGGUGCCUCGGGUAUCGCGCCUGGAGUAUACACGAUUUCUGCCUUUGCUGCUGAGCCCACGAAAAGAGCUACCUAUACGGGGGUCAUUGGUGUGUCAUAUGGCGUCGCCGCUGUCGCUGGACCACUCAUUGGUGGAGGGCUUACAGAUGCAGCGUCUUGGAGGUGGUGCUUCUAUAUCAAUCUUCCAAUCGGUGGUCUGGCCGCUUUUACCAUCUUGCUCACCUUCAAGACUCCUAAAGCCGCUAAGCUGGUCGAUGCUACGCUCAAAGAGAAGCUUCUACAUAUGGACUUUUUAGGGACGGUGCUUAUAAUGGGUGCAUCCCUCGCCUUGGUUCUAGCUCUUCAGUACGGUGGUGUAACCCAUGCGUGGGAUUCCAGCGUCGUUAUCGGUUUACUCGUCGGCUUCGUUGUCAUGGUUCUUGCACUCAUAAUUCUAGAAAUAUGGCAAGGCGAACGCGCCAUGCUGACACCACGCCUUAUGCGCCAAAGGACCGUCUGGGUCAACGGCGUAUGGGGCUUCUUCUUCGCUGGCUCGUAUUUCAUCACGCUCUAUUACCUGCCCAUUUAUUUCCAAAGCAUCGACAACGUCAGUCCGAUUGGCUCGGGUGUGCGCAACAUUCCUCUCAUCAUCAUGUUCAGCAUUGCCACAUAUGCCUCAGGCAAAGCCAUCACGAAGACGGGUAUUGCAACUCCUUAUUUGACAGCUGGCUCUGUGGUCGUAACCAUCGCCACCGGUCUACUGUAUACUCUCGACAUUGGAACUUCGACAGGCAAAUGGGUUGGGUAUCAGAUCUUGGCGGGCUUCGGAUACGGCAUCGCCUUCCAAGUCCCGGUCAUCGUUGCGCAAGCUUUUGCUGCGCCAAGCGACAUAGCUCCUACGACCGCGAUUAUCAUAUUCUGUCGAUCUGUCGGCGGCACAUUUUUGAUCGCUGCCGCGCAAGCCGGCUUCGUCAACCAGCUCAUGCACAAGCUUGCCAACACCGCAUCGAGCGUCAAUCCCGCCCUAGUCACGGCUACCGGUGCCACUGAGCUGCACCAGGUAUUUUCCGGAGCCGAGCUGGACGGUGUUGUCCGUGCGUACGCAUGGGGUAUCAAGGUUGCUUUCGCAAUUACUAUUGGGGCCUGCAGCGUCACUUUCCCCGUCAGCUUGUGCAGCAAGUGGAAGAAUGUUAACGCGAAGAAACCCAGUGAUGGCGGUGCUUGAAACAGCUGUUCAGACGAUUAUGCCAACGGAGUUAUUGCCGUUUCCUCGUUAUGGAAAUUAUCCAUUUUUUAAGAUGAUUUGGAUAGCUCAGAGAGAGGACGGAAUAGAGGAAAGCAUCGAAGGAGGAAAUCGGAUGGUAUUCAAGGCUGGCUACCUAGUGUAUUGAAGUAGGACUAUCGAGUGGAUCAAUCUUGUAGUGUUCCACG